UUCCUUCCUCUCAGCUCUCUCUCUCUCUCUCUCUUGAGAUCUGUUCUUCUUAUAAGUGUCUCUCUCAAUCUUGACAACUUCUCAUUCCUUGUCUUCUCCACUCUUUUGUUCUUCUUUUUUUAUUAAGUUUCAGUCAUCGUCAUAGAGAGUUAAGGUUGAUUUUUACGUUUCUUAAUCUUCAUCAGAUCUAGUUUUCAUCACCAAUCACGGAUAAAUCCAGGUCUUAGCCAAUCACCAACAUGGCGACUGUGGCAGCAACUGAGAACCAAUGGCUCAAAGGGAGAGUGAAGGCUGUUACUUCCGGAGACUGCAUGGUGAUCACUGCUUUGACCCACAGCAGACUUGGUCCUCCACCGGAAAAGACCAUCACUCUUUCUUCUCUUAUGGCUCCUAAGAUGGCUCGCAGGGGAGGUAUAGAUGAGCCUUUUGCAUGGGAAAGCAGAGAGUUUCUAAGGAAGCUUUGCAUUGGAAAGGAAGUUGCUUUCAAAGUGGAUUACAAAGUGGAAGCUAUUGCUGGAAGAGAAUUUGGCUCGGUUUACCUUGCCAACCAAAAUGUUGCUAAGCUUGUUGUUCAAAAUGGCUGGGCAAAGGUCAGAGAGCCAGGUCAGCAGAAUCAGGAUAAGGUUAGUCCUUACAUUGCGGAGCUAUUACAGCUUGAAGAGCAGGCUAGGCAGGAAGGGUUUGGUCGUUGGAGCAAGGUUCCUGGUGCUGCUGAGGCAUCUAUUAGAAAUCUUCCUCCUUCUGCCGUUGGGGAUUCUGGGAAUUUUGAUGCCAUGGGUCUUUUAGCCGCAAGUAAAGGCAAGCCUAUGGAAGGUAUUGUUGAGCAAGUCCGUGAUGGCAGUACCAUCCGCGUUUACCUUCUUCCGGAAUUUCAGUUUGUGCAAGUAUUUGUUGCUGGACUCCAGGCGCCCUCGAUGGGAAGGAGACAACCUACACAAGAAGCUAUUGUUGAGCCGGAUGUUACAGCUACUUCAAAUGGAGAUUCUUCUGCUGAAUCACGUGGUCCUAUAACAUCAGCUCAGAGACUCGCUGCUUCGGCAGCCUCGUCCGUUGAGGUUUCCUCCGAUCCAUUUGCAAUGGAAGCCAAGAACUUUACUGAGUUUCGUGUGCUUAAUAGAGAUGUUCGCAUUGUUCUUGAAGGCGUGGACAAAUUCAACAAUCUGAUCGGAUCAGUUUACUAUUCAGAAGGGGAAACAAUAAAAGACUUGGGUUUGGAGCUUGUUGAAAAUGGUCUUGCUAAGUAUGUUGAGUGGAGUGCCAACAUGUUGGAGGAAGAAGCCAAAAAGAAGUUGAAAGCUGUUGAACUUCAAUGCAAGAAAAACCGAGUAAAAAUGUGGGCAAACUAUGUCCCUCCAGCUUCCAACUCUAAGGCAAUUCAUGAUCAGAACUUUACCGGAACGGUAGUGGAAGUUGUGAGUGGGGACUGCUUAGUAGUUGCCGAUGAUUCUAUCCCAUUCGGGAGCCCAAUGGCAGAGCGCCGAGUUUGUCUAUCAAGUAUUAGGGCUCCUAAAAUGGGUAACCCACGCAGAGAGGAGAAACCUGCCCCUUAUGCACGGGAAGCAAAGGAUUUCCUCAUUAAAAAACUUAUUGGAAAGCAGGUUAUCGUUCAAAUGGAAUACUCAAGGAAGGUCAUCCCAGGGGAUGGUGUUACCACGUCUGGAGCUGGUGAGAGAGUCAUGGAUUUUGGUUCAGUAUUCCUUCCAUCUCAUACCAAGGGUGAAACAGAUGUAGCUGCUGCGACAACUCCUGGAGUGAAUAUUGCUGAACUCAUUAUUGCUCGUGGCCUCGGGAAUGUAGUUAGACAUCGUGACUUUGAGGAGAGGUCUAACCAUUAUGACGCUCUCCUGGCUGCUGAAGCUCGUGCUAUUGCUGGGAAGAAGGGGAUCCAAUCUGCAAAGGAUUCUCCAGUCCUGCACAUUGCAGACCUGACUGUCGCCUCGGCUAAGAAGGCUAAAGAUUUCCUGCCAUCCCUGCACAGAGGCGGGAAAAUACCUGCCCAUGUGGAAUAUGUCCUGAGUGGCCAUCGGUUCAAGCUAUACAUCGCAAAGGAAUCGUGUAGUAUCGCCUUUGCAUUUUCUGGUGUUAGAUGCCCUGGCCGUGGCGAACCUUAUUCAGAGGAGGCUAUUGGUUUAAUGAAACGUAAGAUCAUGCAGAGAGACGUCGAGAUUGUAGUUGAAACUGUGGAUAGAACUGGUACCUUUCUGGGAUCAAUGUGGGAAUCAAAUACCAACGUAGGAACAUAUAUUCUUGAAGCUGGCUUGGCAAAAAUGCAAACUGGCUAUGGUGCAGACAGGAUUCCUGAAGCUCAUCUUCUUGAACGGGCAGAGCGAUCUGCUAAAAAUCAGAAAUUGAAGAUUUGGGAAAACUAUGUUGAAGGAGAGGAAAUGGUAAAUGGUAGUUCUACAGUAGAAACCAGGCAGAAGGAAACAUUAAAGGUUAUUGUUACGGAAGUACUUGGAGGCGGUCGAUUCUAUGUUCAGACGGUUGGCGAUCAAAAAGUAGCUUCGAUUUCGAACCAGCUUGCAUCUUUAAGUCUUAAAGACGCUCCCAUUAUUGGAUCGUUUAAUCCUAAGAAGGGUGACAUCGUCCUUGCACAGUUUAGCCUAGAUAACUCAUGGAACCGUGCAAUGAUUGUUAAUGGACCUCGAGGAGCAGUUCAGUCUCCAGAGGAAAAAUUUGAAGUUUUCUACAUUGAUUAUGGAAACCAAGAAACAGUUCCAUACAGUGCAAUUCGUCCUGUCGACCCUUCAGUAUCCUCAGCACCAGGGCUCGCACAGCUCUGCAGACUUGCCUACUUAAAAGUUCCAAGCCUGGAAGACGACUUCGGUCCUGAAGCUGGAGAGUAUUUGCAUACAGUCACACUAGGUAGUGGUAAAGAGUUCAGGGCAGUGGUAGAGGAAAGAGAUACUUCAGGAGGCAAAGUGAAAGGCCAAGGAACUGGAACCGAGCUUGCAGUAACUCUCAUCGCUGUCGAUGAUGAGAUCUCUGUCAAUGCAGCAAUGCUUCAGGAAGGAAUAGCGAGGAUGGAGAAACGCAGAAAAUGGGAACCGAAAUACAAGCAAGACGCUCUCGAUGCUCUUGAGAAGUUCCAAGAUGAAGCUCGCAAAUCGAGGAUCGGAAUCUGGCAGUACGGAGACAUCCAGUCUGAUGAUGAAGACACCGUUCCGGUCAGGAAACCAGGUCGCGGGUAGGUUUUUUACACCAGUGAAAAACUUGAUGGUCCAGAGAGGCAUCAUGAAGAAGAGGAAGAGAGAAUCCAUCGGGUUCUCUUUAAAUGAGUUAAGAAGCGAGCGAGAUGAUAUUUGCUUGCAAGCAUCAAACUUUUUGUAACGUUUAGAAUUCUCUUUUUCUUUUUUUCUUUUUUUCUCUCUUUUCUUUCUAAUUUAUCUUUUUUUUUUGGUUUAUAGACUCCAAAAAGAAAAUUUUCUAUUUAUUUAGGAGUACGAGACGAUCAUAUCUUGCUCUGUACAUAUGUUUGACAAAAAAACAUGAUAAAGGUGAUGUAACUUCAGGUUAUCAAAGUUGACAAAUAUACGUGGGACUUCCUCGCUUA